GCGGUUACUCACGCAGGAGAGGGAAGAGGGCGGAUACGAAGGAGGAAGAAAGGGCGAAAAACGGAAAACUUGCCUGCCUACACAACCGACAAGCAAAGAAGGCAAGAGCGAGGCUUGUGCUUGUGCGCUGUGGCUUGCUUGGGGUGUCAGGGUGUGUGAGGCGUGCGAACCUCCUCUCUCUGGCUGGGCCAGACCAAAACCGCUGCACGCACAUUCUAAGACGCAAAGGAAGGGGUCGUCGAGAGCAGCAAGAGCCAACAAGAGAACAAAAAACGGCGGUGUUGGUGCUGUCUGAAGAAGGGUGUGGUCGUUGCAGUUUGUGGCGACUUUGACACAGAUUUGGAGUGCUCAGCCAUCACACAUUCAAGGUUGUGUUGGUUGGCGAGUUGGGGGGGAGGGCCCGGUGACGACGAAGAAACACCGCCGGCAUCAUGGAAGUGGGAACACAAGUGUGGGCGUUUGGCAUCAAGGAUUACGCCCUUCCCGCUGUUGUUGUCCAGCUCAAAGGCCGCGGCUAUGAGGUCAAAGAUGCAGAGGAGAACCAGAUCCACUCCGUUGAGAAGGACAAGGUCUCUGCCAUGAAGUCAACCUCCAUCAACGGUGUUGAGGACAUGAUCCAGCUGCAGGAUCUGCAUGAAGGGUCGCUGCUGCACAACUUGCAGCUGCGGUACAGCUCGGGCAAGAUCUACACAUACACGGGGUCGAUCCUUGUUGCGGUGAACCCGUACCGGGACCUGAACAUCUACCGCGUGGAGGAUGUGCGCAUGUAUGAGGGGAAACUGCUCGGAACACAGCCGCCACACAUCUUCGCCAUCGGCAACGCCGCACUGGAUGGGAUCACCAAGACGAAGCAGAAUCAGUGUGUUGUCAUCAGCGGCGAGAGCGGGGCGGGCAAGACCGAGUCCACAAAACUCAUCAUGCAGUACCUCGCCGCCGUUAACCCAGAGCGAUCAAUGGUGUCUGAACAAAUCCUUGAGGCAAACCCGCUGUUGGAGUCGUUUGGAAACGCUAAAACAUUGCGCAACCACAACUCGUCACGCUUCGGAAAGUACACGGAGCUCCACUACAAUAAGAAGAUGGCCAUUGGCGGCUGCUCCAUCAAGCAGUAUCUGCUUGAGAAGUCGCGGAUUGUGUGCCAUCAGGAAGGCGAGCGCAACUACCACAUCUUCUACGAGAUGCUCGUCGGUCUCACUCCGCAGCAGAAGGCAAAGCUCACCCUCGGCGCCCCGGAGGAGUACGCCUACCUGAACCAGGGCGGUGUGCCCCAAAUUGCCAACAAAGACGACGAGGAGGACUUCCAGCGCGUGCAGAGUGCUCUGGAGGUCCUAUCCUUCAAACCAAUUGAACAGGAGUCGAUGUUUCGCGUGCUCGCUGCUGUUUUGCAUCUUGGAAACACCGAAUUCGACACCGACUCCAAAAACAACAUGGAGACGACACGCAUCCGCGACUACGACAAGAUUGGGGUGGUGGCGGGCCUGCUUGGCGUGAGCGCCGACGGUUUGAACGAGAACCUGGUCACCAGGAGCUCCGUCACCCGCGGCGAGCGCUUCGUCACCCCGCUCAACCUCGAACAGGCAACAGACACCCGAGAUGCGCUGGCCAAAGCGCUGUACUCAAACAUGUUCGCGUGGCUCGUCACCCGCAUCAACAGCAUCAUCGACAAGCACGCAAAGGUGUUCUCCAUUGGCAUUCUGGACAUUUUUGGGUUUGAGGACUUCAAGAUGAACAGUUUUGAGCAGCUCUGCAUCAACUUUGCAAACGAGAACCUGCAAUACUACUUCAACGAGCACAUCUUCAAGCUGGAGCAGGCCAUUUACGACAAGGAGAACAUUGACUGGACGAAGAUUACGUUCUCAGACAACCAGGGCUGUCUGGACCUCAUCGCCAAGAAGCCCGUCGGUGUCAUGCACAUUCUCGAUGACGAAUCAAACUUCCCAAGGGGAACGGAUGACGGGUUCCUGUCAAAGGUGACGGCGCAACACAAGUCUGACGAGUUUUUCCUCGUCCCCAAGACACGCAGCCCGCAGUUUGGCAUCAAGCACUACGCUGGCAACGUCUGGUACACGGUGCACGGGUUCCUCGAGAAGAACCGGGACACGCUGCGCGAGGACCUGAAGGAUCUGAUGCGUACGAGCAGCGCUCCGUUCAUCAGCGACCUGCUGAACGUCGACGGCGCGUCCGCCAGCGUCAGGCGCGCAUCAGGCGCGACUGGCCGCAAGCGGCCGACGGUUGCGAGUGUGUUCACAACAUCGCUGUCCAACCUGAUUGCCACAAUGUCCAAGUGCUACCCGUACUUUGUUCGCUGCAUCAAACCCAACGAAGACAAACUCCCAGACUCCUUCCAGCACCAGCUCGUGCUCAACCAGCUACGCUACUCGGGAAUGCUGGAGACAAUUCGCAUUCGGCGCAUCGGAUACCCGGUCCGCAUCGACUUUGACUCCUUCAACUUCAGGUUCCGGCCCGUGCUGAAGGGCAAGACGCCACCGUCAGACCCGCGUGGCAUGGCGAAUCUCAUCCUCUCCCAGCUCGUCAUCAGCCCCGCAGACUCCUGGCAGCUCGGCCUCACAAAGGUGUUUAUCCGCGAGAGCGUUGAGCGCGAGCUGGAGGAGAUGCGCAGCCACGCCCUCUACCACAUUGUGGUCAUCAUCCAGAAGAACGUCAAGCGGUGGAUUGCCGUGCAACGCUACAACCGCGUGCGUCAGGCCAUCGUCACCAUUCAGUCGUUUGCGCGCAUGCAGGCUGCGCGGCGCGAAUUUGACCGCCGCCUCAACGCAGUCAUCAUCUUCCAGUCCCUCACACGCAUGCUCCCCAUCAGGCGCAAGUACCUGCUGGAGCGUGACCGGGUGCGACGUGAACGUGCCCUUGAGCGCGAACGACUGCGCGCUGCUGGCGAACGCUCCGUUGGGGACGUGUCCACGCUGCCGCUGCCUGCUGAUCUGCAGCAGCUGCUCAAGUCGUGGUCUGUCUCGCGCGGCGUUGUCAACGUCACCGCCGAGGACAUUCUGGAGGAUUUUGAGGGCGAGUGGAAGAAGCACACAUACAGCGUCCCGCAGAUUCCCCGCGACGUCGCCGGCCACGACUUCAGCAAGUUUGUCAGCGGUUUCUUCCAGCAGGGAUCCAUCUGGGCAUUCACCCGCGGCGCACUUACACAGACGAAGCUGAAGCUCAAGUCGAAGGAGGACGAGCAGACGGCGCUAGAGCUGUUCAAUGUCAUCCAACGGUUCAUGGGCGACCCAGCCGUCAACGGCACCACGGAGGUCGUCUUUGCAACCUACCUCAUCCUCAAGUGCAUUGCCAUGCCCACGUUGCAGGACGAGGUGCUGUGCCAGCUGUGCAACCAGACGUGGCUCAAUCCAAACGAUCUCAAUGCAGAGCGGGGGUGGCUGCUCAUGGCGCUUUGCCUCAGCUGCUUCGCGCCCUCCGACCGCCUCUUCCCCUACCUCCUCUGCUACAUCACCGCGCACGGGUUUGAGGGCUACCGCGCCCUGUGCCAGCACAAGCUGCUGCGCGCACAGGGGCGACAGCAGCGCACCAACGCCACGUCCCUGCUGGAACUCACGGCCGCUGCCCAGCAGAAGUGCAUGACCGUUGACGUGAAACUCCCCGACGGCACAUCGCAGCGCGUCAUGGUCGACUCCGCCACCACCGCCUCCGAGCUUGGCAACAUGGUUGCGCGCACGCUGGGCAUGUCGCGCCCAAGCGGGUGGACGGUGGUUGGCACCGGCAGCGGUGACGAGCGCCUGAACAAGGACUUUGAGAGCGAGGAGUGCGUGCUGGACUGGGUGGCCGGGCUGGAGAUGCCUCCUGUUGCCCGCAAGGUCGCAGCGGCGGCGUCGGCAGCAGCAGCAGCGCGUGCACCGGGCGUGUCGACCAAGGCGACGGAUCUUGGCGGUGUCGGUGCAAACGGUGACGACUCGGCCGUGGCCAACCUCGUCAACGCGCCCCGCACGCGCAAGCCAAAGUCGCUGCUGCUCAUCAACGGGCAGAGCAUGGAGCAGCAAAUCGACUCCAUGUUCGAGCAGCUGUUGCGGGACGAGGACGAAGGUGAACGCGGCGAUGAUCGCAGCAAGUCCCUUGCAUCGCGCAUUCAGGGCUCGGGCGCAGGUUUCCCACCACCACCACCACCUCCGCCGCCGCCACCAGGGUUUGCCGCGCCACCACCACCGGCGCCGCUUGGCAGCGCACCACCGCCACCGCCCCCGCCCCCGCCCCCGCCACCAGCAUUUGGCGGGCCAUCCACUGCACCAAACACAGCAGCACCUCCACCGCCGCCUCCACCGCCCCCAGCAGGCCCAGUCACGACAUCCGCGACCACAGCUGCGCCACCACCACCGCCACCACCGCCACCGCCGCCACCUGGACCACAAGCAGCAAGCGGGGCGACAACGUCGACAACGAACGAUGCGGGCAUGCACGCGCUCAAGCAGCAGAUUGCAAAGAACAAAGCGAGACGCAAGUCAAGCCUGGCAAACAUUUCAGCGCCGCCGCCGCCACCGUCGCCGCCCGUGACGGGGCCUCGGCAGCAGAAAAAAGCAGGGCGAAGGCCAGCACCGCCACCACCUGCAGGCCCACCCAUGCCACCAGCACCACCGCCACCGCCGCCCCCACCACCAGCGGAGUCUGACGCAGCUUCGGCAACAGGCAGCGCAUCACCGCGGUCAACACGUGCCGCCGCCGCUGCUGCACCACUUGUCACCACCACCUCGCCCACGACGCCACGGUCGCGCCUGCAAGGUACCGGGUCGACAUCAACCCUCGCGUCGGCGUCGCCCAAGAACAUGCGGCGUACGGCAAAGCAACGCCGCGGCAGCGGUGACAACGGGGGCGCUGGCGCCUCUGGCAGCAAGACGCGCGAUGUGGUGCAGCUGGCACUUGACACGAGCGCGGGGGUGCUGUACGACCCAGCAAGCGCGCCAUGGACGCUGAUGCUGCGCAAGGAGGUGCUGCUGCCUGGCGACGCGCUGGCAGACCACCCGCUGUCGCAGAACCUGGUGUUCUACCAAGUGGUGCACGACAUUGAGAGCGGGCACGCGCGGAUCCCCAAGGGAGCGCUGAACGCCGCACGCGAAAUGCUGAGCAAGAAGGGCAUCACGGGCACAAGCGCCAUCAGCGCGGCGGAGGAGGAUAAGCAGGAGGUGGUCGCCCUGGCCAAAGGAUGGCCGGCGUACUUUGCACGCAACUACGAGGUGCAACUUGAGGCGCAGGAGCCUGACGACAAGUACGUGCUUGCUGUCGGGCACAACGGCGUGACGCUGGUGAAGGAGCACAGACGCAUGGUGCAGCAGACGGGCCACUGGGUGACGGACACGGAGAACAAGGAGAACGUGAGCUACGGCAACGUGACUGUGGACGACUGGCGGGUGACGCCGACACAGCUGGUUGCGUCGCUGUCCUCUGUGCGCUACACGUUCACCACCCGCAGCGGCGCCACGAUCAAGCAGCUUGUGGAGGCGUUCAUCAUCGACUCUGGCAAGGACGCCAAGUACGCUGUGGCCAUGAAGCCGUACCAGACACGCGAUGCGACACUGCUGAGCUUCCCGCGCGACGCCGUUGUCACGCUGGCGCCACGGACGGGCCUGGACCCCGGCUGGCUGUACGGCACGUUUGGCGGGCGCACGGGCGCGUUCCCGCAGAACUACGUUGCGCCGAUUGUGGGCGAGCCGACGCAGACGACGAUUGAGGCGGCGAAGCGCGCGUUCCAGCUGCGGCAGGGCAGCCGCGCCAACCUCAGCUCAACGCGGCUGCGCUUGUCCAAGCGUGCUGGCUCGAGCAAGGCGCUCACCUCGGCGGGGAUGGGCCACGCGCCGGGCAACACGGUGCGCACGCGCGGGGCGGUGCUGGAUGACGACGAGCUGCUGUCUGAGCAGCGGUACUCGCUGCUCCAGUUUGCGAAGGAGCAUUUCCGCAUGGGCCACGACCUGUACGAGAUGCAGCGCACAGCGGCCGGGUCUGUGCGCGGGACCGUCAAGCGGGUGGACGACAAGAAGAAGAAGAAGAAGCAGAAGGACAAGGACGGCGGGCUGUCGUGGUCGUGGUCUGAGCUUGCGUCGCUGGUCAAGUUCACCAAGUCGCCCAUCCAGGCGUCGCUGCUGAAGCUUGAUGACACGGAGAGCUUCCUGAACAAGCUUGCGCUGGACAGCUUCCUCAACAUCAUGCGCUUUAUGGGCGACUACAUGGCCAAGGGCAAGACGGAGAUGGACGUGAUUGAGUUUCUGCUCAAGGUGGCGCAGCAGCACCCGCAGCUGCGUGAUGAGAUCUACUGCCAGCUGCUGAAGCAGGUGACCAACAACAAGAGCGAGCGCCAGGAGAGCUGUGCGCGCGGGUGGCGGCUGCUCAUUGUGCUGACAAGCUACUCCAAGCCCUCGGCGGAGUUUGAGCCGUACCUGCGCAGCUACCUGCAGGCCAUUGCCUACAACACGCAGCGCGAGUUCCGUGACGAGGCGUCCAUCUGCUUGCAGAACCUCAAGGCGACGCUGCGGUGCGGGGGGCGGCGCAAGCUGCCCAACCGGUUGGAGGUGAUGGCGCUGAUCCAGGGCAAGUUCAAGAAGAUCCAGAAGCUGUACCUGCCUGGCAAGCGCACGAAGAGCAUCAAGGUGCACGCGUCGACGGUGGUGAAGGACGUGCUGAAGGAAAUGUGCCAGAAGAUGGGCACCCCGCACCACGAGGAGUUUGGGCUGUACAUCCAGACCAACCCGAACAGGGACGGCGUGCUGCUGAACGAAGACGACUACAUCCUGGACAUCACCACCAUCUUUGAGGAGAAGAGCCUGCCCUUCCGACUGUACCUGAAGAAGCGGCUGUGGUAUCACCCGAUGCCGCUGACCAACGUCACCUACACCAACAUGGUGUUUGCGCAGGUGCUGGAGGACUUUGUGCGCGGGCACCUGCUUGUAGUGUCUGAGCUGUCGCCGGCGACGCUGCACUCUGUGCUGCCGAAGCUGGUUGCGCUGCGGCACUUUGCGGUUGACCCAGACCGCUCGCUGGACCGCCUGCUGUCGACGUACGACCGCUUUGCACCACAGCAGGUGGCGCAGGCGCUGACGCAAGAGGAGUGGAGCUCGGCGCUGACGUCGGCGCACCGCGACUACGAGAAGGUCUCGCCGCACGAGGCCGAGCGCGCGUUUGUUGAGCUUGCGCAGGAGAGCUUUGACCUGUUUGGCUCGCGGUUCUUCUACCUGGACAAGGUGAGCGAUCCGCGCAUCAAGGGGGCGGCGCGCCUGGCCAUCAACAAGAGCGGCAUCCGCUUCCUGGACGUGGAGACGAACGAGACGAUUCUGGCAUACAACUUCAACGAGAUUGUGUCCACGCGCAAGCUGGGCUCCAAGGAGACGCGCAAGCACUUCCUGGACUUUAAGCUGGGCAACCUGAUGGUGCAGCGUGUGACGCGCUGCGAGACGCGCCAGGGCAUUGAGAUUCAGUCUGUCAUCUCCACAUACAUCAGCCUCGCCGUUGACCAGCAGCGCGCAAAGGCCUUGCAGAAAACGUAGUCGUGCGGUUUGGGGGUGGGUGGGGUGGGGCUGUAUUUGAGAGAGAG